UAUGGCACCUUCGGUGCGACUUCCGCUCGUCGCCCCAUCUCUACCAUGGCUCUGUGAUUCCACGCUUCCUUCGGCAGCUUCUGAGCUUCCACUUACCACUUUGUUAGUCGUUCCUCACCUGGCCAUUGACGUCCCGCUGUUGUUGCGCCCCGGAACCGUCGAAUUUGGUUCAGAGUUUGAUGCGCAGCAGGUCUGCUUAGACCCCAUAGGCGGUGCGAGGUCGGGGAGAUUUGAUGUGAGGCGAUGAUAGCGAGAGGGAUAGCCAGUUGACGGUGCCGAAGGGUGCAAUUUCCUCAUGUCCGCGUGUGGGCGUGAGCAUGAUCGUCGAGUGGUUGGUGAACACGGGGGCGUGACAGGAGUGUUGAAGUGAGCAGAUCUACGGUUUAUUUCUGUAACAGAGGUUUUGAGUUUGUGGUUUGGUGACAGCUUCGGAUUUUGACGAGUGCCUGAGAGGUCGUUGCUGCUUGUAGCUGCCUGCCAAGAUGUAUGUCGCUGAGGGUGUUGGAGAAUCACACAGAUGCAGGUUUCUUUUGGAACGAGAGUAACCGAAGCGUUAAAGAUGUCGCUUAGUGUGAACACAAGAGAUGAGUCCGAGCGCAAGCGAGCUUUGCAAGAAACGCAUCCCAAGGGGGGAUGAGAGCCCUAAGAACACAGUUUAUGUUGUGUGAUAAGGACGACGAAGAGGCGGAGGAGUGAGAUAAUGGCACCCUAGUUCUUCGUCUGCUUGAUUGAGGGCACAAUGGCCACUUAUUCUGAUUGUGUUCGACUCCUACGUCACAUUCGGUGAACUUUUGAGAAUAGAUUUUGACACCAGCCCCGAUCCGUACACUGCAUGGCGGCACUUACAACCGGCUGCAGGUGUGCGCAAUGAGGUAUGGAUGUUGGCCAGCGAGUGUUUGACGGUACAUGGGCUACGUAGAUGGCUCAAGCUCUGGCUCAUUCUUCUGAAGAGAUCGUUAGAGGGAAUCUGGUGUGAGGUGAGCCGCAGAGAGCUUGGGUUUUGCAAGUGGACUAUGUCUGGUCAGAAGUCGUCUUCCAUGAUGCCCCUGAAGAGCUUGAUACGAGAGUUCCAGGAGAUGAAAGGCGGUAUAGGGAACAUAUCGCGGCGGAGUUUCGAGCUGAAGUUUCCUCACCAUCACAGGGGAAGGUCGAGUGGAAUGGUGUUGGACGAGUCCCAAUUGAGGCCAGAGCGUGUAGUGGAGCAGAGCUGCUGGGCGAACAUGCCGCCGGAGUUGUUGAGGGAUGUGAUUCAGAGAGUGGAGGUCAGCGAGAGCACGUGGCCCAGCCGGAAGCACGUGGUGGCAUGCGCAGCAGUGUGCAGUUCGUGGAGGGAGAUAACAAAGGAGUUGGUUCGUACACCGGAGCAAUCGGGGCGCUUGACGUUUCCGAUUGCUUUGAAGCAGUCAUUGAUACUGUACCGCCUGCUGCAGCCUGGACCUCGAGAGAACACAGUUCAAUGCUUCAUCAAACGGGACAGAACCACCUCCACUUAUCAGCUGUUUCUAGGGCUUCCUCCGAGUCUAAUAGAGAAUGGGAAGUUUCUAUUAGCAGCUCGAAAAUUUCGGCGAGCCACUAGCACCGAUUACAUAAUUUCGCUCAACCAAGAAGAUAUGUCAAGAGGAAGUAACACUUACGUUGGAAAAUUGAGAUCAAAUUUCUUGGGCACAAAAUUCACAAUCUAUGAUAGUCAGCCUCCUCACAAUAGGGGUGUAGCAUCCAACCGUAGUAGUCGACGCAUCGGAUCAAAGCAAUUGACAUCGCGUGUACAUGCUGGUAGCUAUAAUGUAGCACAUAUAGCUUAUGAGUUGAAUGUCCUGGGCACACGAGGUCCAAGACGUAUGCAAUGCAUGUUGCAUACAAUACCCAUGUCUGCAAUGGAAUCAGGGGGCAGUGCGCCUACACCAACAGAGUUCACUGCGAGCACCCUGGAAGACACGCAUGUCGCGUACUCUGGUAUAUUAUCUUCUCCGAGAUCGAGAGCUGCUGUAGUUGAUAGUAGCACAUUGGAUUGCGACUUUGUCAGCGGCCCAUUGACCAAGGAUGCACCUCUGAUAUUGAAGAAUAAAGCUCCACGAUGGCAUGAACAGCUGCAGUGUUGGUGUUUGAACUUCCGUGGCAGGGUGACUGUGGCGUCAGUGAAGAACUUUCAGUUGGUGGCUGCAACAGAUCUGCCACCUACAAAUUCGCAGAAUGACCACGACAAAGUGUUGCUACAGUUCGGAAAGAUUGGCAAGGACAUGUUUACUAUGGACUACCGAUAUCCUUUGAGUGCAUUUCAAGCCUUCGCUAUCUGUUUGAGUAGCUUCGAUACGAAGCUGGCUUGUGAGUAAGUUGUACAAUCAGAUAGAAUAGUGUUCUCUUCGAACCUUGUUGAUGAUUUGUCAAGUAUCACGUACAGGUAGUUUAAUUUUGAAGAUUGCUGGGAAAUUUUUCUGUUGGACUUUGGUUUUGAGGCAGAGAAUGCAGCCUACUAUUUAGGGACUGAAAGUUAGUAGGCAGGUUUUGGGAUGUUGAUGUGUUCCGUCAAGGGCGGUAAACAUCUUCCAAUGUAAUCUCUAGCCCUUGAAGAGGAACAGGUAAUUGUAACAAUCAAAGUAGUGGGCACCUGAAAGUGGAGGGCCUGAUAUACAUAAAUGAUAGGCGAACCUUUGAAUAGAUCAACGAUGUUCUAUUUCUGGGAAUAGCGCUUCAUUCACAGUUAUGGAAAACUGCUCACGUUC